AUGAAGCGUGUAUUCGUUUUGUUAUUCUUGGCCAUCGGUUCUUUCGAGUUUUUUGUGGAAGGAAAGAAAUAUGAGUCCCAGAAUGGACCAUUGCUCGAUAGAUUGCUGCGCUACAGAAGACAGACCGGGGGAGUAAACUAUGGCUUUCCCACGUUUCCCGAUUUCACGAAACAAGCCCAAUUUCCUACCUAUGGACAACAGAAUCUUGGAGGAGGAGUAGGACCCAGUGCCGGAGGGGGAUUAUUUUCUCGUAGUGACUUUUCGGAUUUCAUGCCAGAUCCCUCGCAGCUCAAGGGCAAUCAAGCAUGGACUACGAAGAGUUGCGUCUAUGAUUCGAAGGGAAAGGAAAAGUGCGUUGAACAACGUGGCGAUAAGCCGAAACACUAG